AUGAAACUGCAACGAGCAGUCUCAAAUAAAUUGUUUUUAAUUCAUCUAUAAAUAACAAUGGAAAUAAUAGACGUCGAAGAAUGUCAUCAGCCUGACCCGAACGCGGUUACAAGAAAAAAAGGUCUAUGGUCAAAAAUCAACAAUAGAACGAUAUACAGUUAUUUGUUUAACAUUGUUGUAUCACUUUUGUUGCUCACAUGUUUGGUGUUGGUGCUGUACUUCUUCAAGGAGUAUCUGAACACGAUUUUGUUGUGGGUGGACGCGCAGGAUCCGUGGAUAAUAUUUUUAUUAUGUAUAGGACUAUUUUUACUAGUGAGUUUCCCAGUGACUAUCGGAUAUUUAGUGUUAAUUAUAACUAGUGGUUAUUUAUUUGGUAUACUGAAAGGACUGGGUACAGUUUUGGUGAGUGCAAACUUUGGUGUGGCGAUAGCGCAUUACACAUUAAGAGCGUUGCGGCAAUAUUUACCUAUAGACUGGCUUCUCAAUAAUGAGACGGCCAGAGCACUGCUUAAAGUGAUAUCUGGCCCUCAAGCCUUCAAGAUAGUCUUCUUUGCAAGGCUUACUCCAAUACCGUUUGGAUUACAAAAUACAAUUUUUGCUGUAAGCGACGUCGGUGGUUGUGGCUACCACUUAGCGUCGAUGCUGGGUUUGCUACCAGCGCAGGUGAUUAACGUCUACCUUGGUUCCACGCUGCGGUCCAUGAAUGACGUGCUGCACGAAUCCCAUCUUACAGGGUACAUAGUGUUCGCGUGCCAGAUUCUCAUCGGCAUUACCCUCAUGGUGUGGGUCGUCCAGAAGGCCCGCAAAGAGCUCACGAUCGCAAUAAUGACGGCGGAAAUGGGCCCCGAGCCGAUAUCUACCUCGAGCAGUUCCUCCAUCAGCUAG